AUGAAUGAAGGUCACGCUGCGUUCCUCACAAUUGAACGCAUCCGACAGCUCAUGCUGGAGACAGGAAUCCGUUUUGAAGAAGCCUGCGAAGCUACGAAAUCAGGAAACAUCUUCACAACGCACACACCGGUCCCUGCCGGUAUUGACUGGUUCCCGCCUGAGUUGGUGAAUCACUACUUCAGUGGUUACUAUGGGGAACUCGGGGUUUCUGCUGAUACUUUCCUGGGUCUUGGCAGAGCAAAUCCGACCAAUACACACAGCGAAUUCAGUCCCGCGCUCCUCGCGUUCCGACUCUCAGCAAUGAGCAACGGCGUGAGCCAAUUACACGGUCAUGUCUCCCGUGAGAUGUGGAAGGACCUCUGGCCCGGGACACCCGUGCAUGAAGUACCUAUUAGCGCGAUUACAAAUGGGAUCCAUACCCGUUCUUGGGUCUCCGGUGAUAUGCAGAGCCUCUUUGACAGGUACCUGGGUCCUCGCUGGAUCGUUGAACUUACAAACCAAGCAGUUUGGACACAGAUCUCGCAGAUUCCGGAUCCUGAGUUGUGGCGAACACACGAACGCCGACGCGAACGUCUUAUUACAUUCGCGCGCCAGCGACAAGAGCAGAAACACGCCCUCGGAAGUGUGGCUUCCAAGCGUUCUCAGGAAAGCGAGAGUGUCGCAACUAAAAUUCUCAAUUCAGCGGCAUUAACUAUCGGGUUUGCACGCCGGUUUGCAACCUAUAAGCGGGCAACCUUACUCUUCCAAGAUGUCGACCGUCUCGACAAGAUUCUCAACCAUCCAGAACGCCCUGUUCAACUCGUUUUUGCGGGCAAGGCACAUCCACAUGACUAUGAGGGGAAAUUGCUCAUUCAGCGCAUCUCCCGUAUUGCAUCGGAACCACGAUUUUAUCAUAAAAUCGUCUUCAUUGAGAACUACGAUAUCUGUGUCGGACGCUAUCUCUGUUGA